UUCGUUUGCCGCCUGUUUGUGUGCGGGUUGUUUCUCGGUCUUAAAACGGUUAUUUUGCAGAGAAAUAGUUUCGUUCUUGAUUUAUAAACGUUAACAAUACUAUAACUUAGUGCUCUACAACGUUCUGGUUGCGGUCUAGUUAAGUGCGUAUACGAUGGCCGACGCAACACCUGACGAUCUGUGGACACCGUACAAAUGCUUGCUAAACAACGUUGAAAACUAUCUGCUUCCAUCGGCCGAUUUCACCGAUACGUCCCAUGUCGCCAGUUUGGAAGCGUUGCUCCGUAAGCACAAGCAGAACUUUAUCUCACUGUUGAAAAAUCCACCCAAAAACGCGAAAUGUCGCGAAGCGAUCAAACAGGGCAUUACCGAGGGUAUUACGCUGCCCGAGUUUGGUCACACCAUCCUGUCCAAAGAGCUGGUCGACGAGAGUAUCAUCAUAUCGGACAUGUUCGACAUGAACGAGUAUGUGGCGCUAGAACUGCUGUGCACCUCCCAGCAGCAAACGAUAAACCAUCCGGGUUUGACGCGCGGUUUGGUAGCAGUGUUGCUGUACUACGACGGACGGAAAUCACUUGUGGCAAGCUUGAAGCAGCUGCUCAAAUCGCGUGCCGGUGUAUCGUGGUGUACGGAUGCACCGCCCGAGGUGACACAAAUCGUGACCAGCUACACCGACGGUUUGGUUGCGGACGGUCUUCUGGAGCGUAUCAUUGAUCUGCUGCAAGAGCUGGACAUCACGAAGGAGCUCGACAUUCUGACAACAAAUCGUGCCCUUGGACCGCCUCGACACCACCGGCAGGUGUUAGAUUUGUUCGAAGAAAUACGAUUCCUGUUGGCCCAGUGCAUCUACUAUUAUGCCGCCCAGUCCGGCUUGCCGCGAAAUGCCACGAUGAAGUUGGUGCAGUACUUACGCGGCUACAAGUGCACCGAAUCGAGUGGUGGAAUCGAUGAUGUUACGGUAACGUUGCAGAUGGCAUUACUGUACGCACUGGAUCUAAGCGUACUGCAGCGAAGGGAAGACGGCGAAGAGUUGGUCCGCAAGCUGCCCAUGAUCAAAGACGACCUUUACAUCGACUUCCUCAUGGACGCACUUUCGAACGGUUGGGAAAACGAUGGUUUACACGCGUUAACACUAUUCGCAUUCGGAUUGUCGAUUGCCACACUUCGGCUAGCACCGCAAACGCUCGUGCAGGAUGCAUCGAAAAUGAUCGAUCAGGACGAACUGCUCGUCAACGGUGCGCUUCAGGGUAAGGUUUUCGAUUUCAUGUACUACACCUUCCUCGAAAGCGAACUCAUAUUCGAUACGGAGUUCUUCUUCCGCCGUCUGCAUACGCUGUUUGCCGAUUUCAUCGAACUGAUGCACUCGAAGGUGACGGAACUUCGGGGCCGUGCCGAUGAGACGGCACGCACGGUUCAGGUUUAUCAGCAGCAGGGCAUCGAACCACCCAACAAUCUCUGUCGGAACUUUGAAAUGUUGCUGCUGUCGGUGGGAAAGCUGUACGCAAAUGAUCGCCAGCAUCUGCACCUCAGCAUGGAGUACUGGGGACCGACGGAGUUCGCCCAUAACUUCCCUGGGCACCGGAUUUCGUCGCGCUCCGUGUGUUUGUUCAAGUUCAUCCGACUGGCGGGUGAACUACUGCCACCAACGCUGUUCAUUCCCUACCUCAAAAUGUUAGCCGGACUCAGCUGCAACCUACAAGCUGCCCGAAGCGCAUUCAAUCUGCUCAAACAGGGCAGUGCCUAUUCCGGCAGCAGUACCGUCUCGUGGGAUCACUUUUUCAACUCGCUCAGCGAAUAUUAUUUCAACCUCCGACAGGAGCAGAACCCACAGUCCGAAACGGUGUACCGGAAUCGUAUGAUUUGCCGCAGUAUUAGCCCUCAGGAAUUGCUCGGACUGCAGGCUGUGCUGCAGGUAGUGCAAGCAGUUGCCCGGCACGACGAGCUGUCCCGCAUUGCGCUGUGCGAAAGUGACAAAUGGGCCCCGUUGAAUGUGUUGGUAGGGCUCAUCAGUUGUUCCGUUCCGAUUCAGCUGAAGGCGGAGAUCGUUCGCACACUGGCGACGCUGGCCGGUAGUCUGGAGAAUGCGAUCAAGCUUUGGCACAAUCUGGAAGAUUCGCAAAUCAUCAACACGGUACCGUCGACAAGCAAUUUUAAAACGCGUGGUGUAAUAUCGGAACUAGAGGAGGUCGAAAGUCGCAAUGAAACGUUUCCGCUCACGCAAGCCAUGCUUGAUUUGCUCGCGGCACUUAUGAGUACGGCCAUUCCGGAAGAUUUGGGCGAAGGAUCGCGAGCUCCCGGCAUCCAUCCGUAUCUGUCGUACGUGGUGAAUACCGUGCUGUUGCGACUGUUUAGCCGCAACUACAAGGAUGGUGCAGAAAAAUGGCAACUGGCGCAAAAGUGUCUCCAGAUCGUGUACAUGUUUGUGAACAGUUUUCACUUCAAUCCGGCGAAUGUGAAUCUAAUGAAAGAGCUGAAGGAAGGCCGUACACCUCCGGCGUACCGUAUUAUGCUGCAGCUGAACACAAAAUCUGACCUGCUGCGCUUCAUACUGCACAUCGUCGAUGAGUCGGUUGUGUGUUUCGAUUCCUACACACCUUUUCCCGGCAAGAGUGCGCUCGAGGUAGCUUCCCUGCUUUGUCUACAAAUCGUCGAAAAGGCACUGAACCUGCAGGAAGAGUUCUUCAACAUGCACCUCAGUACGCCCAGCCCGGUGAAUCUGAACGGCAUCAACAAACUACUGCUGGGCGUUAAUCCACGCAGCGGUACAGCUAAUCACAUGCUGAACAUAAUGAAGCACAUUACCUACAGCACGUGGCUACCGGAGAAUAGUCUUGUAGCGUUACGCAUCCUUUCGAUCAUAAUGACCCUGCCGGACGUUAAUCAGCUCAUUCUCGGUCUGGUCACACAGACCGAUGAGCUGAAGAACGAAAUAAGGCAAGGGUUCGUCGAGUGUCUCGAGGCAGAUUUAAAUGUUACGGAAGAAGCCGAACCACUGCCGCUGAUGGAACAGAUGAAUGAGGCGGCCCUGAUAAUCGGUGGCGGAGCAAUGGAAGAGGAACUCUCGUCCAAAGCUACCUCGACGGAAACAUUCAUCACUACAAGCAUUAAGACGGCUGUAAUACAACUAAUUCAGGAGUGCUUACAGCAACCGAUUGUGCCGAAUCUAGCCCACUACCUGCUAGGGUUCGAUCUUGGAAAGGAUCUACAUCUGACAAGUUUGCAGCAACCGGGAAUUAUGAACUUUCCAAGUCACUGUUCAAAAUCGCUCAUCACUUUGCUCGAUAAACACUUGGAACACAUCAAAAGCGGAAAUGUCCUUUCGACCAGCUACAACAAAGUAAUGGAGUACGCGUAUCGACUGUUGUACCAAAUUUGUCGCAACUACCAUACCUCGGAGGUGUUUCUACGCUUUCUUCGCUCGUGCAGCGAUUUUCUCUGCCGGCACACCUCAUCCCUACCCUUUCCGGAUGCGAAAAACCCGUUCCUACUGAACCAGAUGACGUUCCUGCUGAAAGCAAUCGUUAUCGAGCUGAAGCUAACGAGCGAACGCAAUCAGGCAACGCAGUUUGAAACAAUCUGUAAAAUAUUGCUUAAAAUUAUUAACGCUCCCACGGUCGAACCGGUAACGGCGGGGCUGGGUGAUUACUACACCAACACGAACAUGAGCUUCUCGAUCAAUGCUACCGCGGAUCUGUCGACGACAGCGAUCGCCGCCACAAAGGAGUCGAGUGAAACGGCCAAACGAUUGCUGUGCAUCUUGCUCGACUGUGUCGAUUUCACGAUCAAACAGCUCGACGAACCGGCGUGGAACUAUUUCAACGCAACGGUCCUGCACGAGCUGCUGCAAAACUGCGAAAUGCCCGUAUCCCAGACGACGCGGAUGCGGUUAAUCGAUACGCGCAAAUUGCACGACAUUCUGCGGGAUGAGCUCGAUUCGGUACAAACGAUCGCUACCGGCCAGCGGGCACACGUUGUGCAGGAGGUGAAAACGAUCCUCAAGUAUGCGCUCGAGUUAAACACACAGCGCAGCCUUUGUUCAUCCACCAUCAAGUUCCUCGAGGCGUGGGGUCAGGUGGCGGAGGUACUGGUGUGUGUUACACCGACCAUGAUAAUGUCCCUCGAUACCAAGCAGAUCAUCAUCACGGAACUGCUGCAGAUAAUGCUCAGCAAAGCGGUACCGAAACAGAUCAUCCCGGAGCUGGCAAACAUUGCUUCCUCGACCAUCUCGCUGCUGAUGGUGAAUUUGCGAAGCUGCUUUUUGCUCAAAUCGGAACAGAUGUCACUGCAUCUGAUAUCGGAAAGGCAUCAGAAUGGUAGCAUGAACGGUAUGAGUCUCACUGGGGCCGGUGUAAGAAAUGGAUUAAAUGGUGAGCUAAACACCAGUGCACAGAACCGACCGGAAGGUGGUACGUACGUCUAUCUGGAGCGUGCCAAUGCACUUAGCCUGAAGUUUAUACUGAAAAACAUUCUCGACUGGUUGCUGAUCAGCAGCGAUGGAUCGCCACAGCUGAAGAUGAAUCUGUACGUAGCACUGCUAAACUACAUGUACAUCAUCAAGGGCAAUCGCGAUAGUUUGGAGCGCAGUCAGAAGCUGGAAGGUGAUAAGGAAGAAGUGGGAUCUUUCCUCAACAAAACCAUCAGCAAUGCUGGACGGAAACCGUUCGGCACGGAAACGGAAGAUUACAAGCACUUGACGAUGAUAAUGGACAUAUUCCAUUCGUUCGGUGAUAAUUUGAUCGAUGUCAUCUGUCAGGAUUGUACGACCGGGCACGAUAUCUGUAAAAUGUUAGCCAUGUCCUGCCUCGACCUGCUGCUCAGUAUGGAUGCGUCGAUUGACAUCGUGGAGUUUAUCGCACGGCACGGUUACCUGUCACACAUAAUCAAUAGUUUGCUAAAGCGGGACGGUGAUCUGUGCCGCAUUCUGCAAACCAAUCCAAACACUUUCCGGGCUUUGUAUGUGUACGAAUCGAAGAUGGCACUGUUGACGCGUUUUGCCCGCUGCCAGAUCGGUGCCCGCAUGCUGCUGGAGGAACACAUCCUGGGUGUGUUGGGCAGUAUGAAGGUGUACGAUCUGCAUCCGGACGUUCAGAUACUGAACGGUGGCAAUAUCCAGCAGCAAUCGUACGCUUCCGCGAUGGCGGUAGCAGCGGCUGCCGCAUCCGCGUCGUUGUCGUCCUCUUUUAUCCCACCGGUCGAGGCGCGCUUUCAACAGAUUCUGUUUCCUGCGCUGAACCUUUGCGAUGCUAUCCUGUCGACGCUGGGACACGAAAACAAUUCUGCCCUCAGCCAGAUCAUUCACUUUUUCCUUUCGCAUAGCGAUAUGAUCGAAACGGUGCUGCGGGCCGGUUCGCCGAGUAUGAACUUGGGCCUGCUUAAGGAGCUUGCUGGUAUAACGAACCUGAUCGCACGAUCGGCAAAUCAGGAAAUUUACGAACUAACCGAUCCGAACGCUAAUCAAGCCUUCGGUAUGCAGCUGUACCGGAUGCAAAAGUUUAUGCUGGCACUGUUGCCCCGGUUUAUCGUUUCGGAGCAAAACUUGAAAGAGCUGCACCAGAGCAGUAUGAUCAUGCAGCCGUACGGUAGUGGUGGUAUGGGUAUUAGUAGCAGCGUUAACUAUGGCAGCGCGCUGAAUAACAAUGCCGCGAGUGGAAAUGAUCAAAAGCAACGAUCGCAGUACGUGAAAUAUUUUCUCGAGGUAGCGGCUAAUCUGGCUCUGUACACACGCAACUGCAUCUCGAACCAUGUGGUUGAUCAUCGUACGAUUAAUGUACUGUUUUCACCACACUACAAUCCGGAUGGUACGUCAGCAGCGGGCGCUGGUUCAACGCCAACCAAAGCGACCGCCCCCUCAUCGCUUGCCUUGAUGCGCCAGGAAACGUUCCGCUCGGCUACGGAAACGUCGUCAUCGGAUGUGCCACACAGUCUGUACGUCGUGAUCACGCAGCUUCGCUGUACGGUGGACUUUUACCACAAGGAGCGAAGUGUGCUGGAAAGCUUACAGCAACAACGCAACUCACUGCCAAGUAUCGACUUAGAUAAAAAUAUUCAAUUACAAUAUAAUUUGUUAACGGAGCGUGUAAAUGGAAAACAGGAAGAGCUGCAACGCAGUGUGUUCAUUAUCGAGCACUAUCUGUACAUCCUGUGGGCACAUCUGGACUUUUUCAUGUUGCGUGUUCUGCCCGUAAAUAAUCGCGUCGGAAGCUCGACCUUUACCGGACACAAUUUCCAAUCCGACCAAACGGAUUCCAGCUGGCGGGUAUCGAACGAAGACAUCAUCGCAUUGAAAAAGACCCUUAUCGGUGUGUUUAACGAAACGUUCUGCAAGCAGCUGAUCGAGAUGGAACAGAAACAAUCCGAAAAGGGUUUUGUAGUGUCGUUUAUUAGACGAAUUAAACAAUCCAUACAGUUCGUGCCGGUGAAGUAAGCAGGACGGGAACGGUAUAGUGUUUAAAAUGACAAUUUGAUAAUGUUUUUCCUAGCCCCCUAGCCGCUGAUAAGAAUCGCCUCAAUUAGCGAAAAUGUAUGUGAAUAAGUAAAUAAAAUGUUCUAAUUAUGGAAGAAA